AGCUCGUCACUGAUUGGAAUCGUGAGCCGCAUUGUGUCAACGUUUGUUGCUUCCUCUGGGACCCUUGUAGAAGGUGAUAAUUUAUCUGCUGUCCUCGAUGAAGUUCUACAAUUGAUAUUAUGCACAAUCAACAGAGUCAAUGAAAUGCCAAUUGUUGCUUCGCAAUGGGCUCCGAUUUUUGCCUUGAAAAGUUCAAGUUUGCUGACUUUUUUGAGGGAGUUCCUACUGAAGGAUCAUUCAGUUGUGAAAGCCUUUACAAAUAAUAUAUUAAGUGCAAUUAACAACAUGAUUUGGGAGUCUCCUGAGGAAGUUAUUCCUCUGUUACUAACACUGUGUGAGAGUCAACAAACAAGUCAUGACGGGGUGAACAUCAUAAAUCAAAUAUUUGAGGGUAAAUAUGAGAGAAUUCAUUCGUUCUUGGAAAAGAAUUUAAAAGAGAUUCAACAGAAUAUCGAGAAUACUGGAUUAGUUCAAAUUGACGAGGCCAAGUUGGCUAUCAUUUGGGGAGUUGUCAACUGUUAUCCUUAUUUUAGAGUGGAUUCAUCAUUACUGAUUUGCUUUAAGAAGACUCUCAGACAGCAUUUGGGAGUGUCGGAUGCAGACACUUUUAGUGCCCCAGAAUUGAUGUGGCAGAGCUUACUUGGUACUGCUUUGAGGUCAUGUUACAAACUGCCGGGAAGAAUCAACCACAGUGGUCUAGAGGAAGCUUUGUCUUUUGCUAAAGAUUAUAAGUCAUGUGUGCAAGUGUUGUCUCCCGUGGCCGAUUUUUUGGAUUAUAUCCACAGGCCAGCAUUAGCUCAUGAUGACAGGUCCAAGGCAUAUCCAGAACUUCAAGCAAAGAAGGCUGUAGAAGCUUUUGACAUAUUUUCUGAAAAUUUGCGUCACCCAAACAAAGACGUCCGACUUAUGACUCUGAGGAUUUUGUGCCAUUUUGAAACACUAUCGUCUGACCCUUCUUUUGAAGAGCAUCCUCCUAAGAAGAAAAUGAAAACUGAAGAGAUUAUAAAAUCUCUUCCUAAAGGGAAUGUUCUUCAGUUAUUACGCUCAGUCGAAGAAACUGCUCCCACAGUGGAUACUAGUCGGAUGUUGGUCGGUUUGAUCUCUACAAUACAAAAGGAUCUCUCCGCUGGCAGGAUACAUGAGGCAUAUGUGAAGCUUGUAUUGAAUGGGAUGUUGGGACUAUUACAUAAUAGAUAUUUGGAUUUGUGGGGUCCAGCGUCUGAGUGUCUUGCAGUUCUUGUGAGGAAUCACACAGGUGCGGUGUGGAGUGAUUUUGUUUGUUAUUUGGGGCAGUGCCAACUAAAAUUUGAGACACUCCACGAUCAUAGUGAGAACGCGAACCAAAGCAUCUCAGAGAGGCAUACGGAUCUGAUGGGCCGUUUCAAUUCAUUUCUCUUUCCACCGUCUGAUAGCACACCUAUUGCAACGGUGUUAUCUCAAUUGCUACAGACCUUACAAAAGGCGUCCAGUGUUGCUCAGUCUCGCGCUUCUGAAAUUCUCCCUUUGUUGUUGAAAUUUCUGGGAUAUAACAGCGAAAAUGCUUUGAGUGUCGGAUCAUAUAAUCGCCAAGUUUGUAAAGGAGAGGACUGGAAGAGGAUUCUUAUACAAUGGUUGACUUUGCUGAAGUUAAUGAAGAAUACUAGGUCGUUUUGUUUUAGUCAAUUUGUAAACGACGUUCUUCAGAAUAGGUUCCUGGAUGAUAAUGAUGCUGAAAUACAAACUAAUGUUCUAGAGUGCCUUCUGUUGUCGAAUGACUUCUUACUCCCACACCGCCAACAUUUGUUGAAUUUGAUCAAACCUAAAGAAUUGAGAGAAGAACUCACAACCUGGAACUUGUCUGAAGACAUCGUAGAACCUCACAGAUCACAAAUUUUUUCUAUUGUAAUUCGCAUCCUUAUGCCAAAAGUUAGAACAUUGAAAAGUUCGGCUUCACGGAAGCAUACAAGUAUCCGUCACCGGCAGGCAGUUCUUUGCUUUACAUCUCAGCUGGAUGUUAAUGAACUUGCCCUGUUCUUUGCCUUGUUGAUAAAGCCUUUGAACAUCAUAUCAGAGGAAACAAUGGACUCGUUUUGGAGUUCUGGCGAAAGUUCUAUGGACUAUUUCCAUAACUCGAAUUUCCUGAAGUAUUUCACUGUUGAUACUAUUUCGACAUUAUCCAGGAAUCAGAAAUCUGGGUUUCUUCAUGUCAUCCAACAUAUCCUUGAAGUCUUUGAUGAAUCCCGUGUCCGACCUUUUCUAGACUUUUUGAUGGGAUGUGUUGUCCGGCUAUUGGGAAAUUCUGCUCCAAAUAUUGAUGAAGAAAGGAACAUUGAUUCAUUGGCAGCCAACCCAUCAACUUCAUAUGAUAAAGAAAAUGCUUCAAUAAAUCAUGACCAGGCUGGUACUGCUUUGAAGCAGUUUAAAGAGUUGAGAUCCUUAUGUCUGAAAAUCAUUGCUCAUGUUCUUGAUAAAUAUGAGGAUUGUGAUCUUGGCUCCGAGUUCUGGGACCUCUUCUUCUCGGCAGUGAGUCCUUUAAUUAAGAGUUUCAAACAGGAGGGUUCUAGUAGUGAGAAACCAAGUUCCUUGUUCUCAUGCUUCUUGUCAAUGAGUAGAAGCCGUAAUCUCUUCACCCUAUUAUCUCGGGAGGAGUCUCUUGUUCCAGACAUUUUUUCAGUUCUAACAGUCACCACAGCUUCAGAAGCUAUAAAGUCUUCUGCCUUAAAAUUCAUAGAGAAUCUGCUUUGCCUUGAAAAUGAAUUUGGUGAGGAUGCCAAUAUGAUCAGUGGAUUCUUAGAUCCUUAUAUAGACGCACUGAUUAACAGCUUGCAUUCUCUUUUCAUUGGGGAUAUAUUUAAAAGGAAAUCAGUCAAGUAUCAUGGGGAAAGAGAGAUGAAAAUUCUUAAAUUAUUGUCAAAGCGUGUGCGAGAUCCCUCUCAUGCUAUGAAGUAUUUGGACGUCUUGCUGUCUUUCUUGGAUAAAAGUGUAAAAGAUUCGGAUAUUCGUCGUGAGGCUUUGCUAGCUAUUCAGGACAUCAUACCGUUCCUUGGGAUUGAGAGUACCAGCAAAAUUAUAAAUAUAAUCUCUCCUCUACUUGUUGACGCUGACUGUGAAGUUAGAUUAUGCAUUUGUGAUCUACUUGAAUCUAUUGCAGAAAAAGACUCUUCUCUGGUUGAUGUGGCGAAGCGCAUUCGCGAUAUGAAUGCCAUCUCAGCCAUGGAAGUUGACGACCUGGACUAUGAAAAGAUAGUUAAUGCUUAUGUGGAGAUUAAUGCAGAUUUUUUUAAUAAAUCCUCAGAGCAGCACACAAAGAUCAUACUCUCACAGAGUAUAUACAACGUAUCAUCAGAAUCCAUUAUGUUAAGGGGUAGCGCACAGAAGCUCUUGUCUUCUUUCAUUGAUUUUUCAGCCUCAAUACUUCGCGAAGAGGCUUCAUCACACUCUGAACUUGGUAAAGAGGUCAAAAUAGCUGAUGUAAGCUGGACAGGAGAUCGAAUACUGUUCAUUUUAAGAAGUUUCAUUUUGAAACACAUGGGAGAUGCAAUAAACAGAGGAGGCAUCAUAAUAAAGGAGUGGUUUCUUUUGAUACGGGAGAUGGUGACCAAACUUCCAGAUGCCGGAAAUCUUUCUGCAUUCAGACCGUUAUGCUCUGAAGACGAGAAUGUAGACUUUUUUAAAUCUAUUGUUCACAUUCAGGUACACCGUAGAGGAAGGGCAAUUUCACGUUUUACAAAUGUGGUCAAAGAUAGCAGUCUGCCUGAGGGAGUAUUGAGAAAACUUUUGGUUUCGGUCUUUUUCAAUAUUUUGCUUGAUGGACAAGAUGGAAAAGAGAAUAAUGUCCGAAAUGCAUGCACAGAAGCACUUGCAUCUGUAUCUGCACAUAUGAGUUGGAAGUCAUACUAUGCUCUAUUGAAUCGGUGUUUUCGUGAGAUGAACAAGCAUCAAAAAAAGGGAAAACUCCUGCUGCGACUUAUCUGCUUGAUUUUGGAUAAGUUUCAUUUUGCAAAAGAUAGUUACCCGCAGGAGGCGGAGGAAAUUAGGACUUGCCUACAGAAAAUUGUGUUCCCAAAGAUGCAGAAGCUGAUAAAUUCUGAUUCUGAUAACGUUAAUGUUAACAGCAGUGUGGCUGCACUGAAGGUUCUAAAACUACUUCCUGAAGAUGUAAUGGACUCAAACCUGUCCUCCAUAGUUCAUAAAGUUGCCAGUUUUUUGAAGAAUCGGUUGGAGAGCAUACGUGAUGAAGCCAGAUUGGCUCUGUCUGCUUGUUUGAAAGAACUUGGGCUGGAGUACCUGCAAAUUGUAGUCAACGUUUUACGUGCUAUCUUAAAACGAGGAUCUGAGGUGCAUGUGCUGGGGCACACUCUCAGUUUUAUUUUAUCAAGGUGCCUGUCCAAAUCUACGUGUGGGAAGUUAGAUCAUUGUUUGGUUGAUCUCCUUGCUGUGGUAGAAACCGAUAUCCUUGGAGAGGUUGCUGAACAGAAAGACGUGGAAAAAUUCGCAUCCAAAAUGAAAGAAACAAGAAAACGAAAGUCAUUUGAGACUCUGAAACUGAUUGCUGAAAAUGUAACGUUCAGAAGCCAUGGAUUGACGUUACUCUCUCCGGUCACUGCUCAGCUACAGCGGCAUCUAACUCCGAAGAUCAAAACUAAUCUGGAGAAUAUGUUAAGACAAAUUGCAGCUGGUAUCGAAAGCAAUCCAUCUGUUGACCAAGGAGAUCUUUUUGUUUUUAUAUAUGCCCGUGUUGAUGAUGGCAUUAACAAUAGGAAUGGUCCUGGAGAUCAAGUCUCUUCUCUACCAUCCAGAAAGAAAAGUAUUUCAAGAGAUCUGAAAAAGACCGUUGGGUUGAUUUCUGGUGCUAAGUCAUGCCCACAUCUUAUAACUGUGUUUGCUCUUGACUUAUUGCAUAACCGAAUGAAGAAGUUGAAAUGCGACAACGCUGAUAAAGAGCUGUUGUCCAUGUUAGAUCCAUUUGUCAGACUACUUACUGGAUGCUUGAGUUCUAAAUAUGAGGAUAUCGUAUCUUUAUCUCUUAGAUGUUUUACUUCACUAAUAAGGUUUCCACUGCCCUCCCUCAUGUCUGAAGCAGAUGAAGUAAAAACAGUAUUGUUAACCAUUGCUCAGUCUGCAGUGAGUUCCAGCAGUCCACUUGUGCAGUCAUGCCUGAAGCUGUUAACAACGCUUCUCGACAAUAAAAAUAUAACUUUAUCAUCUGAGCAGUUGAAAAUGUUGGUUCAGUUCCCCAUGUUUGUUGAUCUGGAGAAUCUGGAGUCAGACACAUCCUUUAUUGCUCUUUCACUCCUCAAGGCCAUCGUGAAACGGAAGCUUGUGGUUCCAGAGAUAUAUGACAUUGCUACUCAGGUUUCAGAAUUGAUGGUAAAAAGUCAGUCGGAUCCAAUCCGCAAGAAAUGUAAACAGAUACUGUUGCAAUUUAUCGUCCACUAUACGCUUUCUGAAAAACGUUUAGAGCAACAUGUGAACUUUCUGCUGGAAAAUCUGAGGUAUGAAUAUUCAACUGGAAGAGAAGCAGUUCUUGACAUGCUUGAAGCGCUAAUCUUGAAAUUCUCAGAACCUAAUCUCGGCAAGCAGUCGGAUCUUGAUCGGCAGUCGAAAACAUUGUUCCUUCAACUUGUUCUUUGUUUGGCCAAUGAGAUUGAUAAAGAUGUGCGGUAUCAUGUUGGUGCUUUGAUAAAACUUCUGAUAGGUCGCAUGAGUACAGAUCAAGUUGAUUCCAGUCUCUUGUACUGUUUGUGUUGGUAUAAGCAGCAGAACUUACGGGCUUGUGCAGCACAGGUAUUGGGAUUUUUUAUUGACACCAUGAAGAAAACAUUCCGGAAGCAUAUCUACAAUAUAUUGCAGGAUGCUAAAACGAUUCUGGAGUCUGCUGUUAGUGCUUCUAGCGUACAGUUGCAGGAUACUGUUGAAGAAGGCAGUCUUCCUUAUUGGAAGGAAGCAUACUACUCACUGGUUAUGAUAGAGAAGAUGCUCGAGCAAUUUCCAGAUUUAAGUUUCGGAAAAGACUUAGAGGAUAUUUGGAAAAUGGUGUUUAAGUUCUUGUUGCACCCACACGUAUGGUUGCGAGAGAUAUCCUGCCGGCUUCUAAAUCGUUAUUUUGUGGCAUUGGCUGGGAAGAAAAGAGCAGAAUCUCAGACAUUAGUGGCCAAUUCUCUUUUAGAGAAGCCAAGUAGCCUGUUCAUGGUGGCUGUUUCUCUUUGCUUCCAGUUAAAGGAGCAAUCCACCAGGGACAACGUUGAUGUUGAUUUGCUCACAGCCAAUAUUAAAUCAGAGAUACCUCAGUUUGUGAGUCUACUGUCCUUGUGA